GCCGGGAGCUCGAUGCGGACGGAGCCUGGGCCGGGCCAUGGGGAUCCUCAGCAUCACGGAUCAGCCGCCCCUGGUCCAGGCCAUCUUUAGCCGGGAUGUGGAGGAAGUGCGCUCCCUCCUCUCGCAGAAGGAGAACAUCAACGUGCUGGACCAAGAGAGAAGGACCCCUCUGCAUGCUGCUGCCUACGUGGGCGACGUCCCCAUCCUCCAAUUGCUACUGCUGUCAGGUGCUAAUGUCAAUGCUAAGGACACACUGUGGCUGACCCCCCUCCAUCGUGCUGCCGCUUCUAGGAACGAGAAAGUUCUGGGGCUGCUCCUAGCACAUUCAGCAGACGUGAAUGCCCGGGACAAGCUAUGGCAGACACCACUGCAUGUGGCUGCUGCCAACCGGGCCACCAAAUGUGCUGAAGCCCUGGCCCCGCUGCUGAGCAGCCUCAAUGUGGCCGAUCGAAGUGGGCGCAGUGCCCUGCACCAUGCCGUGCAUAGUGGACACCUGGAGAUGGUGAACCUGCUCCUGAACAAGGGGGCCAGUCUGAAUGUCUGUGACAAAAAGGAGCGGCAGCCACUGCAUUGGGCAGCUUUUCUAGGACAUUUGGAGGUUCUGAAGCUAUUGGUGGCCCGGGGCGCAGAUCCUAGUUGCAAGGACCGGAAGGGCUACGGGCUGCUUCACACAGCUGCUGCCAAUGGUCAGAUCGAUGUGGUCAAGCACCUGCUACGGCUGGGCGCUGAGAUCGAUGAGCCCAAUGCCUAUGGGAACACGGCUCUGCACAUUGCCUGCUACCUGGGCCAGGAUGCUGUGGCCAACGAGCUGGUGAAUGCAGGCGCUAACGUCAACCAGCCCAAUGACAAGGGAUUUACUCCAUUGCAUGUGGCUGCAGUCUCCACUAAUGGUGCACUCUGCUUGGAACUAUUGGUCAACAAUGGGGCAGAUGUCAAUUUCCAGAGCAAGGAAGGAAAGAGUCCCUUGCAUAUGGCUGCCAUCCAUGGGCGUUUCACCCGAUCUCAGAUCCUUAUCCAGAAUGGCAGUGAAAUUGACUGCGCUGACAAAUAUGGGAAUACGCCGUUGCAUGUGGCUGCCCGCUAUGGACAUGAGCUGCUCAUCAGCACCCUUAUGACCAAUGGUGCUGACACUGCCCGGCGAGGCAUCCACGAUAUGUUCCCCCUGCACUUAGCUGUUCUCUUUGGAUUCUCAGACUGUUGUCGUAAGCUUCUCUCCUCAGGUCAGCUGUACAGCAUCGUGUCUUCACUCAGUAACGAGCAUGUUCUCUCUGCUGGUUUCGACAUCAACACGCCUGAUAACCUUGGCCGGACCUGUCUCCAUGCUGCUGCUUCUGGAGGGAAUGUUGAAUGUCUUAAUUUGCUGUUGAGCAGUGGAGCUGACUUGAGAAGGAGAGACAAGUUUGGAAGGACCCCAUUGCACUAUGCAGCUGCCAAUGGCAGCUACCAGUGUGCAGUGACACUGGUGACUGCUGGAGCGGGCAUCAACGAGGCUGACUGUAAAGGCUGCUCCCCUCUGCACUACGCUGCCGCUUCCGACACCUACCGGAGAGCGGAGCCUCACUCGGCUGCCAGCCACGACCCUGAAGAGGACGAGCCACUGAAGGCGUCCCGGAGGAAGGAGGCCUUCUUCUGUCUGGAGUUUUUACUGGAUAACGGUGCAGACCCCUCCCUGCGGGACAGGCAGGGUUACACAGCCGUGCACUAUGCAGCCGCCUAUGGCAACAGACAGAACCUUGAGCUGCUCCUAGAAAUGUCUUUUAACUGCCUGGAGGACGUGGAGAACACCAUUCCAGUCAGCCCUUUGCACUUAGCUGCCUAUAAUGGUCACUGUGAAGCACUGAAGACACUGGCGGAGACGCUGGUGAAUCUGGAUGUGAGGGACCACAAAGGCCGGACUGCGCUGUUCCUGGCCACAGAACGUGGCUCCACAGAGUGUGUGGAGGUGCUCACGGCCCAUGGAGCCUCUGCCCUGGUCAAGGAGCGCAAGCGGAAGUGGACACCCCUCCAUGCUGCUGCUGCUUCUGGUCACACCGACUCCCUACACCUACUGAUUGACAGUGGAGAGCGAGCUAAUAUCACUGAUGUCAUAGAUGCCCACGGACAGACCCCACUAAUGUUGGCCAUCAUGAAUGGCCACGUGGACUGUGUGCACCUCCUGCUGGAAAAAGGGUCAACGGCUGAUGCAGCUGAUCGCCGGGGUCGAACUGCCUUGCACCGUGGGGCGGUGACUGGCUGUGAGGACUGUCUGGCAGCCCUUCUGGACCACGACGCCUUUGUACUAUGCCGAGAUUUCAAGGGCAGGACGCCGAUCCACCUGGCCUCAGCCUGUGGCCACACAGCUGUCUUGAGGACCUUGUUACAGGCCGCCCUGUCCACAGAUCCCUUGGAUGCUGUAGUGGACUACAGUGGCUACUCUCCCAUGCACUGGGCCUCCUACACUGGACACGAAGAUUGUCUGGAGUUGUUACUUGAACACAGCCCAUUCUCAUACCUAGAAGGAAACCCCUUCACUCCUUUGCACUGUGCAGUAAUCAACAACCAGGACAGCACCACAGAGAUGCUGCUAGGAGCGCUGGGUGCCAAGAUUGUGAAUAGCCGCGAUGCCAAAGGACGGACCCCCCUUCAUGCUGCUGCCUUCGCAGACAAUGUCUCUGGGCUCCAGAUGCUGCUGAGGCACCAAGCUGAGGUGGAUGCCAUCGAUCAGGCCGGCAGGACGGCUCUCAUGACUGCAGCUGAGAAUGGGCAAACUGCUGCCGUUGAGUUUCUGUUAUAUCAAGCGAAAGCAGACCUGACCGUGCUGGAUGGGAACAAGAACACUGCCCUGCACCUGGCAUGCAGCAAGGGCCACGAGAAAUGUGCCCUGUUAAUCCUGGCGGAAACUCAAGACCUUGGCCUUAUCAAUGCCACCAACAGUGCACUGCAGAUGCCACUCCACAUCGCUGCCCGGAAUGGCCUGGCUUCUGUGGUGCAGGCGCUGCUCAGUCGUGGGGCCACAGUGCUGGCUGUAGAUGAAGAAGGUCACACUCCAGCUCUGGCCUGUGCGCCCAACAAAGAUGUGGCGGACUGUCUGGCCUUGAUCCUCUCCACCAUGAAGCCUUUCCCACCUAAGGACGCCGUCAGCCCCUUCAGCUUCAGCCUGCUCAAGAACUGUGGCAUCGCUGCUGCCAAGACAGUGGGCGGCUGCGGCGCUCUGCCCCACGGGGCCUCCUGUCCCUACAGCCAGGAGCGGCACGGCGCCAUCGGCUUAGACGGCUGCUACUCAGAGUAGAUCCUCCGCUGGUCUCCCCACACCGGUGACCUGAUAUCUUAUUCUAUUUAUUUAGAAAAUGUCUAUAAAUA